UAACCAACCACGUGGGCUUUUGAGCAUCCAAUAUCCAGGGCUAGACUCGCUACAAGACUCCAAGUCUCCAAAUAAGCAAAGCAUUGAGAUCACGCAAAUUGUCUAACUAACUUCACUCUCAACAAUUGAAGCAAAUGGCUGAGUGCACCUGGACUAGCCACCUGAAGUCAAUCGCAGUGACAGGAUCACAUACAUUUAUCAUUGAUAACUUCUUAUCCAAAGUUCGAAAUGUGAUAGAUUCUUCCCAAACUGAAAGAUUCACAUCGGCCAGCUUUUUGGCUCAAAGUUCUCAAGAGGACUUUGAUGCGAAAUUACAGGUCGUGGUGAAAGUGGAGCUGCUUGCUAAAUCUAAUUAUGUGCGUGUUGUCGUUUUUGCCCUUUUACCGGAAUGUCCUUUGCAAGUGCCAAGCCCUCCAAAAGUUGGGCGCGAGUUUCAAGAUUAUGCCCGGGAUUAUCAAACCAACGCGCCUGAGCCUGUUAUUCCAGUUACAAGCCAAUUUAACUUUCUCGAUGAACAAUACAACGUCAUUUACAAGUCCAAACCAUUGCAUGGCUAUUACAAUGGCCAUGGGGUGCCAAUAGAUAGUUUCCUAUCUGUGAGUGCACACCAGGUGUUGGAGGAACCAAGUCAGUAUCUCCGCUCCGAUCAUUCAUUGGCCAUUCAAUGUUCGAUUGAGCUCAAUUGUGGAACCGACCUUGCCAUGGAAUCCACUGCUCCCAUCAAUCCUGAUUUGAAAUUGAGCGUGCGUUUGACCCCCGAAAAAUAUCCGGAUAUGUAUCUUGUGAGUGGUAAGACUCGGCUUCCAUGCCACAAACACAUGUUGGCGGCUUGUUCGAACGUUUUUGACGUCAUGUUCACUCAUGAUAGCAGUGAGAAGGAGACCAAUGAAGUGAUCAUUACGGAUGUGCAGCUAAAGACUUUGGAAAAGCUUCUGGAAUUUGUUUACACCGAUGAGAUUAAGGAUUUUGAGGGAUUGGCUCACUCCCUGGUCUAUGUUGCUGACAAAUACAAUAUGGCCAACCUGAAAACGUUGGCUAUGAAUGCGGCCGUUCGUAAUUUAGACACCAACAAUGUUAGCGAUUAUUUUGCACUUGGCGAAUUGGUCCAAUCUGAAUACUUGGUUCAACGAGCUUCCGAUUUUGCUUUCAAGAAUGCGACCAAAGUUAUGAAGAGCGAUGGAUGGAAGGCACUCUCCCAUGAGUCACUGAGGAAGCUAUUUGUAUCAAUUUCAAAGUCCCGCUUAGCGUAAAUUAUCAUUGUUUACGUACGUGUGAAAAAGCUGUUAUAUUUUUGGUGUUAACUAAUCCCUCUUUGUUGCAGAAUAUUAAGCAAUCGGAAAGAUGAAAGAAUAGAUGUUUUUAAUGAUGAA